GGAGAGAGAGAGUGAGGAGGAUUCAAACUUCCGGUGGUGUGUCAUGGCGGCGUGGUGGAGUAUGCUUGAAGUGAAAAACUAAACCAAACCCCCCUCCUCCCUCCACCUCCUUCUCCGUUCUCCUCCUUGAUUAUUUUGCGGAGCGGUUUAGGGGGUAUUUGGAGCACCCGGGACGAUUCGGGAGCAGGAAUCGGGAUCGCAAAAGUGAUUGAUAGGAGACAUAGCGGCGCGCGCAUCCGCCUGAGCAUGGCGGCGCACAAGCCCGUGGAAUGGGUCCAGGCCAUCAUUAACAGAUUCGACGAACAGCUCCCAAUCAAAACAGGACAGCAGAGCACCCACACCAAAGUGAGUACAGAGCACAACAAAGAAUGUUUGAUCAACAUCUCCAAGUACAAAUUUGCCCUCGUCAUCAAUGGCCUGACCAACAUACUCAAAAAUGUGAACAACAUGCGGAUAUUUGGCGAAGCUGCUGAGAAGAACCUCUACUUCUCCCAGCUGAUCAUACUGGACACACUGGAGAAGUGUCUAGCAGGGCAACCUAAGGAUUGCCUGAGGCUGGAUGAGGCUAUGUUGGUAAAACAGUUGCUGCCUGAAAUCUGUCACUUCCUGCACUCGUACCGUGAGGGCCAGCAACACGCCACUCAGCUGCGCAGCUCCGCCUCUGCUGUGCUUUUCUCUCUCAGCUGCAACAACUUUAAUGCCGUCUUCAGUCGUAUCUCCACCAGGUUGCAAGAGCUCACAGUUUGUACAGAGGACACAGUGGAUGUCCAUGACAUUGAGCUCAUUCAGUAUAUCAAUGUAGAUUGCUCCAAGUUAAAGAGACUCCUACAAGAAGCAGUACUUAAGUUCAAGUCUUUGAAAAAGCCGGCUCAGCUUGCAGUAAUCAGCAGUUUGGAAAAGGCUUUCUGGAACUGGGUUGAACACUACCCUGAUGAUUUCACUAUGCUCUAUCAGAGACCCCAGGCCGACAUGGCCGACUGUGCAGAGAGACUGUUCGACCUAGUGGACAGUUUUGCGGAAAGCGCAAAGAGAAAAGCUGCUGUGUGGCCACUGCAGAUCAUCCUCCUCAUCCUCUGUCCAGAGAUCACGCAGAGCAUCACCAAAGAAGUAGGGGGAGAGGAGAAAGCUAACAAGAAGUCAUUUGUAGACAGUUUACGAAAGGCUCUUGGCCAACACAGCGGCAGCAAACAAUUGACGGAAAGUGCAGCUGUUGCAUGCGUCAAACUCUGCAAAGCCUGCACAUAUAUCAACUGGGAGGAUAAUUCUGUCAUCUUUCUCCUGGUUCAGUCCAUCGUCAUGGACCUUAAGGGUCUCCUGUUUAACCCCACCAAACCUUUCUCAAGAGGUACGGGCUGCCAGAGCGCCGAUGUAGAUUUGAUGAUCGACUGCUUUGUGUCAUGUUAUCGCAUCAAUCCUCGCAACAACCAGCAUUUUAAGGUGUGUCUGGCCUCGACUUCUCCUCCUACCUUCCAUUUCGUCCUUGUCAACUCCCUGCACAAAAUUAUCACAAAUUCUCACCUGGACUGGUGGCCGAAGAUUGACGCCAUCUACUGCUACUCAGGAGAACUACGCACCAUGUUUGCAGACACACUGGGUCGAGUGAUUCAGAGUCUCAGUGCACAUCCGCCUCUGAGGAUGACAUCAAGUUUGACAUUCAAAGAGAAAAUGACAACAAGUUUGAAGUUCAAGGAAAAGUCCACAGAUCUUGAUUCGCGUUCUUUGCUGCUGGCACUGGUCAAACUUAUCCACGCUGACCCCAAACUAAUGCUGCACAAUCCGGGAAAACCUGGUCAGGAGAUUCAGAACAGCACAGCUGAGAUCAUCAAAGGUCUGGUUCAGCUGGUUCCUCUUACCCACAGUGCUGAGCUUUCCCAAGAGGCCAUGGAGGCAUUGCUUGUUUUACAUCAGCCAGAAACCAUUGAGCUAUGGAACCCGGACGCUCCCAUUGAGACCUUCUGGGACAUCAGCUCUCAGGUGUUAUUUCUAAUUUGUAAGAAGCUGAUUGGACACCAGAUGAUCAACAGUACAGAGAUACUCAAGUGGCUCAGGGAGAUUCUCAUAUGCAGGAACAAGUUUCUAUUAAAGAACAAGGAGUGUGCUACACAGGGCAGUCUGAUCCCCAUCAGCAGACAGGCUCAGACCAAGCUGGAGGUGUGUCUGUACACGUUCCUGUGGAGUCCUGAUGCAGAGGCUGUUUUGGUGGCCAUGUCCUGUUUCAGGCAUCUCUGUGAGGAGGCCGAUAUUCGCUGCAGUGUCGAUGAGCUGCCUGUUCACACAGUCCUACCCAAUUACAACACCUUCAUUGAGCUUGCAUCCGUCAGCAAUAUGAUGGCCACAGGUCGCAACACACUACAAAAAAGAGUGAUGGCACUUUUAAGAAGAAUAAAGCACCCUACAGCUGGAAAUGUAGAGGCAUGGGAAGACACAUAUGCAAAGUGGGAGCAAGCUACAAAACAGAUACUCAACCACCCAAAAAACAAAGUGGAAGAUGGACAGGUAGUUAACAUAAGAUUGGUCAAUUAUUUCAUCUUUUUUUCCAUUCAUGGUCAUCUAUUUUCUGUUCGUCCUCAGGAGUGGAUCAACAUGACUGGUUUCUUGUGCGCUCUGGGAGGUGUUUGUCUCCAACAGCGCAGCACGCCGAGUCUGGGCACCUACAGUCCUCCAAUGGGCCCCCUGACCGAACGCAAGGGGUCCAUGAUUUCCAUGAGCUCCUGCGAGGUAAACAGCGAAACAUCCCUGAAUCGCUUUCUGGAGCGUCUGCUGGCUCUGAUGGUCUGCACACAUGAGAAAGUGGGAGUGCAAAUUCGCACCAACGUCAAAGACCUGGUGGGACUGGAGCUCAGUCCGGCUCUCUAUUCAAUGCUCUUCACUAAGCUGCGCAACAGCAUCGGACGCUUCUUUGACACCCAGGGGCCGGUUCCUAUUACAGAUGCAAACACUCUGUUUGUAGAGCAGACCAUUGCUAUCAUGAAGAACUUGCUGGACAGUCACACUGAAGGAAGCUCAGAGCACCUUGGUCAAGCCAGCAUUGAGACCAUGAUGCUCAAUCUAGUUAGGUAUGUGCGUAUUUUAGGGAACAUUGUUCAUGCCAUUCAGAUCAAAACCAAGUUGUGUCAGUUAGUGGAGGUGAUGAUGGAGCGCAGGGAUGACCUCUCCUUCUGCCAGGAGAUGAAAUUCAGGAAUAAAAUGGUGGAGUACCUCACAGACUGGGUGAUGGGAACCUCCAAUCAAGCUGCGGACGAUGAUGUCAAAUGCCUGACCCGCGAUCUGGACCAGGCCAGUAUGGAGGCUGUCGUGUCUCUGUUGGCUGGUCUUCCUCUACAGCCUGAGGAGGGUGACGGUGUUGAGCUCAUGGAGGCCAAAUCACAGCUCUUCCUGAAGUACUUCACACUGUUCAUGAACCUGUUGAAUGACUGCAGCGAGGUUGAGGAAGAUGGCCAGCAGGUCGCAGGGAGGAAACGUGGCAUGUCUAGACGACUGGCAUCUCUGCGGCACUGCACAGUAUUGGCUAUGUCUAACUUGCUCAAUGCUAAUGUGGAUAGCGGCCUCAUGCACUCAAUCGGUCUGGGAUACCAUAAGGACCUGCAGACACGGGCUACAUUUAUGGAAGUGCUCACUAAGAUCCUUCAGCAAGGGACGGAGUUCGACACGCUUGCAGAGACUGUGCUUGCAGAUCGCUUUGAGAGACUGGUCGAGCUGGUCACCAUGAUGGGAGAUCAGGGAGAGCUGCCCAUAGCCAUGGCUCUGGCCAAUGUGGUCCCAUGCUCUCAAUGGGAUGAGCUGGCCAGAGUGUUAGUGACUCUCUUCGACUCUCGCCAUCUGCUGUAUCAGCUGUUGUGGAAUAUGUUCUCCAAAGAGGUGGAGCUGGCAGACUCAAUGCAGACGCUCUUUAGAGGAAAUAGCCUAGCCAGCAAGAUUAUGACCUUCUGCUUCAAGGUGUACGGAGCUGCGUAUCUACAGAAGCUUCUGGAGCCGCUGUUGAGAGGAAUCAUCACUACACCAGAGUGGCAGCAGAUCAGUUUUGAAGUGGACCCUACUAGACUUGAACAGGCAGAGAACCUGGAGGAGAACCAGAAGAACCUGCUUCAGAUCACUGACCGCUUCUUCCUGGCCAUCAUCAACUCCUCGAGCGAGUUUCCUCCACAGCUGCGCAGUGUGUGCCACUGUCUGUAUCAGGCUACUUGCCACUCCCUUCUGAAUAAAGCCACUGUUAAAGAAAAAAAGGAAAACAAAAAAUCCGUGGUCAGUCAGCGGUUUCCUCAGAACAGCAUUGGUGCUGUAGGAAGUGCCAUGUUCCUGCGCUUUAUUAACCCAGCUAUCGUGUCCCCAUAUGAGGCUGGAAUCCUAGACAAGAAACCCCCACCUCGCAUCGAGCGUGGCCUUAAACUCAUGUCUAAGAUUCUGCAGAGCAUUGCUAAUCAUGUUCUCUUCACAAAAGAGGAGCAUAUGAGGCCCUUUAAUGAUUUUGUCAAAAGCAACUUCGAUGCAGCCAGAAGGUUCUUCUUGGAUAUCGCAUCUGAUUCUCCACCAAGUGAUUCUGUGAACCAUAGUCUGUCUUUCAUCAGUGACGGUAAUGUGCUCGCUCUGCACCGGCUAUUAUGGAACAACCAGGAAAGAAUUGGCCAAUACCUGUCCAGCAACAGGGACCACAAGGCAGUGGGCCGUAGACCAUUUGACAAGAUGGCCACUCUUCUGGCGUACCUGGGUCCUCCUGAACAUAAGCCAGUAGCAGACACACACUGGUCCAGCCUCAACCUCACCAGCUCAAAGUUUGAGGAGUUCAUGACAAGGCAUCAAGUCCAUGAGAAGGAGGAAUUUAAAGCAUUAAAAACCCUCAACAUAUUUUACCAAGCUGGCACAUCUAAGAACGGCAACCCUGUGUUUUAUUACAUCGCACGCAGGUUCAAAACUGGACAAAUCAAUGGUGAUCUUCUGAUCUACCACGUCCUGCUGACGCUCAAGCCCUACUAUGCCAAGCAUUAUGAGAUCGUAGUUGACCUUACUCAUGUGGGCCCCAGUAACCGUUUCAAGACGGACUUCUUAUCCAAAUGGUUUGUGGUCUUUCCAAACUUCGCCUAUGAGAACGUGGCUGCUGUGUACAUCUACAACUGCAACACCUGGGUACGCGAGUACACCAAAUACCACGAGCGACUGCUGACUGGCCUCAAGGGGAGCAAGAAGCUGGUGUUUAUCGAUUCGCCUGCACGUCUAGCUGAACACAUCGAACCCGAACAGCAGAAGCUGCCCGCAGCUACUUUAGCACUGGAAGAAGACCUCAAAGUGUUCCACAACGCCCUAAAGCUUGCACACAGAGACACAAAAGUGUCAAUUAAGGUGGGAUCCACAGCUGUACAGGUGACCUCGGCCGAAAGAACGCGUGUCCUAGGACAGCCUGUGUUCCUAAAUGACAUCUACUACGCUUCAGAGAUCGAGGAGAUAUGCCUGGUGGACGAGAACCAGUUCACGCUAACCAUCGCUAACCAGGGCACCCCACUCACUUUCAUGCACCAGGAGUGUGAAGCCAUCGUUCAGUCCAUCAUCCACAUCCGCACGCGCUGGGAACUUUCCCAACCAGACUCCAUUCCCCAACACACCAAAAUCAGGCCUAAGGAUGUUCCUGGCACCCUGCUCAACAUCGCUCUUCUCAACCUGGGAAGCUCCGACCCCAGUCUGAGGUCUGCGGCCUACAAUCUCCUUUGUGCCUUAACCUGCACCUUCAACCUGAAGAUUGAAGGCCAGCUUCUGGAAACGUCUGGCUUGUGCAUCCCAGCCAACAACACGCUUUUUAUUGUGUCCAUUAGCAAAACGCUAGCAGCUAAUGAACCCCACCUCACUCUGGAGUUCCUGGAAGAGUGCAUCUCAGGAUUCAGUAAAUCAAGUAUAGAGCUGAAGCAUCUGUGUCUAGAAUAUAUGACUCCUUGGCUCCGUAAUUUGGUGCGCUUUUGCAAACACAAUGAUGACGCCAAACGGCAGCGUGUCACGGCCAUCCUGGACAAGCUUAUUACUAUGACCAUCAACGAGAAGCAGAUGUACCCCUCCAUACAGGCCAAGAUAUGGGGCAGCUUGGGUCAGAUCACAGACCUGCUUGAUGUGGUGUUGGACAGCUUUAUAAAGACCAGCGCUACUGGCGGUUUAGGAUCCAUCAAAGCUGAAGUGAUGGCUGACACUGCUGUAGCUUUGGCGUCAGGAAAUGUCAAACUGGUCUCCAGCAAGGUGAUUGGCCGAAUGUGUAAGAUCAUCGACAAGACGUGUCUGUCUCCCACUCCGACCCUUGAGCAGCACCUCAUGUGGGACGACAUCGCCAUCCUGGCCCGGUACAUGCUCAUGCUGUCCUUCAACAACUCUCUGGACGUGGCCGCUCAUCUGCCAUACCUGUUCCACGUCGUCACCCUGCUGGUGGCCACGGGCCCUCUCUCGCUGCGUGCAUCAACACACGGCCUGGUCAUCAACAUCAUUCACUCGCUCUGCACAUGCUCACAACUCAACUUCAGUGAGGAGACUAAACAGGUGCUGCGCCUGAGUCUGACUGAGUUCUCCCUGCCCAAGUUCUACCUGCUGUUCGGCAUCAGUAAGGUCAAAUCUGCGGCGGUCAUCGCUUUCCGUUCCAGCUACAGAGACCGCUCAUUCUCUCCAGGCUCUUAUGAGAGAGAGACAUUUGCUCUGUCUUCCCUGGAAACAGUCACGGAGGCUCUUUUGGAGAUCAUGGAGGCCUGCAUGAGGGACAUUCCUGGAUGCAAAUGGCUAGAUCAGUGGACUGAAUUGGCGCAAAAGUUUGCGUUCCAGUAUAACCCCUCUCUUCAGCCUCGGGCGCUGGUGGUGUUCGGCUGCAUCAGUAAACGAGUGACUCACGGACAGCUAAAGCAGAUCAUUCGUAUUCUCAGUAAAGCCAGUCCUCUACUCAGCAUUGAUCGGGGGCUGGAGAGCUGCUUAAAGGGCCCAGAUAAUUACAACAGCCAGGUUCUCAUCGAAGCCACAGUCAUCGCUCUCACCAAACUACAGCCUCUCCUCGAUCAGGAUUCUCCUAUGCAUAAAGCUCUGUUCUGGGUGGCCGUGGCCGUGCUUCAGUUGGAUGAAGUGAAUCUGUACUCCGCCGGCACUGCCUUACUGGAGCAGAACCUGCACACACUGGACAGCCUCCGAGUGUUUAAUGAUAAGAGUCCUGAAGAGGUUUUUAUGGAGAUCCGGAAACCUCUAGAGUGGCACUGUAAACAAAUGGACCAUUUUGUGGGACUCAACUUUGCCUCCAACUUCAAUUUUGCAUUAGUGGGCCAUUUACUUAAAGGAUACAGACAUCCCUCUUCAACAACAGUUGCCAGGACAGUUCGUAUCCUGCAUACACUCCUGGGCCUGGUGGGAAAACACCGCAGCUGUGACAAGUUUGAGGUGAACACGCAGAGUGUGGCCUAUCUGGCAGCUUUGCUCACAGUGUCAGAGGAAGUUAGGAGCCGCUGCAGUUUAAAGCACAGGAAAUCAUUGCUGCUUUCAGAAGUUACAAUGGAGAACUUCCCCAUGGACACAUACACCGUUUACGACACUGAACCCGGGUGCAGGCUACUGCGUGAAAACCAGCCUUGGGCUUCUCCGAAAGUGUCAGAGCGCAGUCUUGCACCUCCGUACUCCACAAUAGGGCAGACCAGCCUUCGUCCACGCAAAUCCAUGAGUGUAGACAUGGGCCAGCCGUCUCAGGCCAAUGCGAAGAAACUACUGGGUAUUAGCGGCACUAGAAAGAGUUUCGAUCACUUAAUAUCAGAAUCCAAAGCCCCAAAAAGACCAGACAUGGAGUCGGGCAUCACCACACCUCCAAAGAUGAGGCGGGUUUCUGAAAAUGACUAUGAGAUCGAAACUCAGCGAAUAGCCAACUCUCAUUUACGCAAAGUGUCUGUGUCUGAAUCCAAUGUCCUCCUGGACGAGAACGUACUUACGGACCCCAAGAUCCAGACGUUGCUCCUCACUGUACUGGCAACACUGGUGAAGUACACUACAGACGAGUUUCAUCAGCGGAUCUUGUAUGAGUAUUUGGCUGAGGCCAGUGUGGUCUUCCCCAAGGUCUUUCCAGUUGUGCACAACCUGCUGGACUCCAAGUUAAGCACCGUCCUUUCCAUGUGCCAGGACCCGAACCUUCUGAACCCCGUCCAUGGCAUCAUUCAGAACGUGGUCUAUCAUGAGGAGUCUCCCCCUCAGUACCAGCCGUCCUGCUUGCAGAGCUUUGGUUUCAAUGGUCUUUGGAGGUUUGCCGGGCCGUUCUCUAAGCAAACCCAAAUUCCAGACUACGCCGAGCUGGUGGUUAAAUUUUUGGAUGCUUUGAUUGACACGUAUCUCCCGGGCAUUGAGGAGGAAGGAGGAGAAGAGUCACUGCGGACCCCGACCUCGCCAUAUCCACCAACCGUCCAGAGCCAGCUGAGCAUCACAGCCAAUCUCAACCUGUCCAACUCCAUGACAUCACUUGCCACAUCACAGCACUCCCCAGAGGGCCCUAUAGUUUAUAGACGGUCCCCAACUCUCUCCCAUCCACGAACUACAGAGGAGGUGCCACCGAAAACAGCUGCCUGUCUGCCUUGCUCUAAGUCGGCUGUAUUCCCACCUCACCUCGUCCUGCCAGGCAUCGACAAGGAGAACGUUGAGAUUUCUCCCACCUCGAGUCUGUCCACCAGUGGGCGAAUGCGGCACGGCUCAGCAAGCCAGGUGCAGAAGCAGCGCAGCGCAGGCAGCUUCAAACGGCCAAGCAUCAAAAAGAUCGUCUGAGAAGAUCUACUCCGUGGCCAUGGCUCGUUCUGCUUUCCACCGUCCAGUUUAACAAGGUUCCUGCAUCGAAGAACCGCUUGAGUGUUUGUUUGUUUUUAUACCAGUUGAAGCUUGCCACACACUUUGCCUAAAUGAACUCUUUUCGGAGAACACACUGACCUCUCCGUGUUGCACUCAACUUGGGGACUGACCACAUUGAAAUGCUCAAAUCUGUCCAGUUGAGGCGUCCACUCUUUGUUUUUUUGCACAAACUUGAGAUUCUGUCUGAAAGAAACACAAGAUCUAAUCAACCACUACAGUAAAAACAGAUGACCAACCGUGUGGAGAUGACUCGGCCGUUUUCCAUUUCGUCCAGGCCUGUCCUUUGUUUUGUUUUUUCCUGAUAUCCACAGGCUUGAAAUCUGGAUCCAGGAAAGAUUAUGUGUGUACUAUAAUGUUGAUGAUAAUAACGAUCACAUGUUUUGGGUUCUUACUUUAUCCAUUGUGUGCCUUUGUCAGGGUUUUCAGCUGUGUAUAGUUUGUAAAAUAGGCAAGACCUUGCUAAGGAAGGGAAAACAGGUACUAAUUAUGAAAAACAAACGUGUCGCGGCUUUAACAUUUACCAUAUUGUCUGCUGCAGUGUAAACAGUACAACGUAAACAUCAGAUAUGAGAAUAUCAUAUUGCGGCAUCCAAGUAUUUAUUCUGUAAAUGUAAGUUAUCCUUUCAGACAUCACAUGAAGGUUUGCUUUGCGAUCGUUGUUUAUCAUCAGUCGUUAAAUAAAAAAACGAUUCUGGAAGAGCAGCGCAUGAGUAGAUACCCACAUAGUAUUUUCCCAAAAUGCACAAAUCAACAACAAAUUGGCAUUAAUAUUCAUGUAUAACUGUGGUGCAAUAUGUUUUUGUUUUUUAAAUCGAACACUAUGUGCGUGUACAAAUUGCACACGAUUAAAGUGUGCGAUCAGGAAAUGUCCGCGCACACUUUAACUUUCCCCUGUUUCCGUCUCAUCAACAGCUCACAUAUGGCACAGAAAUCCCAAUCCAACCACGCGCUGACAUAGUAACAUUGCACCAAAGACUAGUUUGCAAUAUUAAGAGGGGAAACUGUUGUAAACUCCAUUUUGUAUGUUUUUUUGUUUUUGUAUCUGUCUUGUCAGUGCUGUAUGCCUUAAAGUAAUUAUUUCUUCCAUACAGUUCUCAUUAGCUUUGGCGUUCUCACCUAAUCAGUAUAUUGUAGAAUUGAAGACAGUUGUGCCAUUUAAAAGGGAUAGUUCACCCAGAAAUUAAAAUAUGAUGUUCAUUUAUUCACUCUCCAGUCACCUAAGGUGUAGGUGACACCUUUGUGUUCUCCAUUAAAACAUUAUAGAAGUUUUAGUUGAAAUUGUCGUCUUUUGUGAUUUAAAGUAUGCAAGUCAAUAGCUAAAAGGUGAAAUUAAGUUCGAUUAAUACCCAAGGCUCCUAAUGAUACAUUGAGGUCUCAUAUUAAGGCAAGAACCUGGAAACUGUAUAACAUUAUUAAGACCUCAAUGUAUUGAUGCCUGUAUGUGUUUUUGUUUUGACUCAUAAAUUGCUGUUGACAUGCAUUUUAUGAAUCAACAAAGCUAAAAAUCCUCUUUACUGUUCUACUGAAUGGGAAAACAACAUUUCCUACAUCCUUGAUAACCUGAGGGUGAUUAAAUAAAAAGCUAAUCUUCAUUUUUGGGUGAACUGUACUUUUAAGAUGCUGUUGUGUAUUAAACACAGUGGCUGUCAAAAUUGAAGUGGGCGAUUUUUGUGUGCAAUAUGUUUCCUGCAUUAUCGUUCUCAUUAUUAUGUCGAUCCACAAAUCGUAGAGGAGGAAAUGGUAGUGUACCUUGCAACAAACACAAAUGACAUGACUUAUCGACUCUCUUUGAAAUGCUUAUUAAAGGGAAACUUGUAAAGAAGGGUACAGGCCAAAUGUUUGAGGAUGAAGUAUUUAUGCAUUAUUUUAAUUUGAUGUUUUCAUCCAAAUACACAAGGAUCAUGUUUCAUACUUAAAAUUGGGACCAAAUCAAUGUCAUUGUUUUUUUUUUUCAUUUGUAGAUUUGUUUUACCAUUAAACUAUUCAUAAACAUUCGUCCAUACAGUGAAACAUCGUCCCAACAGAAGAUUUCAGAUCUCAGUGUUUUGUUACGAUCAAAAAUGAAACUUGAAAUGUUUAUUCCUGCUUUACAUGUCGUACUGGCAUCAAUCUGUGUUAAAUUGAGUUUUUAAUAACGAAUUUAAAAUAUGAAGGAACAUAAAUGACCCAAUUGUGUGGUUUUGUUUUGCAUCCAUUGCUCUGAAUAACCAGAAUAUUACUUUUGAAUCUUAGGAAUUGCAUUGCUACCAAUCUAAAACUGACCUUAUAUUGAUAGACAACAAUAACGAAGGCACAGUCUUGACUGCCACAGCUGUGGUUUGACACGACAUGUCCCUAAAGCCUUUUAAAUCACAUAUGUAAUUAAACCGUCUCAUGUAUUCAUCAUAAACAGACUAAAAAGUGGUUUAUUUUAUAUAAUUGAAGAUGCGUGUUCGUCGGAUGCAUUUGCCACAUUUUUAAUUGCAUUGGUCAUCUGUAUACAAUGUAUCUGUCACCUGUAAAUAUGUUUGUGUAAAAUUGGAAGGUAUAUAAAUACAAGUGUAAAUAUAUGUGAUAUUGUAUUACUUGCUUUUUUGUAAAGCGGUUAGUUGCUGUACAUGUAUAACAUGGCAAUUUAAUUAUACCAGUGUUCGUAAUAAAAGUUUCCCUCAACCCUGU